CAUUAAAAUGGAGGAAGACAAACGUCAAUCGAAUAGUACACUUAUUGAUAAUAAAAAUGGUGGUGUUAAUUCGUUAAAUGCGAUGAUUCUGAUUGGAGAUGCUAUUCAUAAUCUGAUGGAUGGACUUGCAAUAGGCGUGGCCUUCACCGCCGAUAUAUUAGUGGGCGUGUCCACUUGUAUUGCAGUUAUGUUCCACGAACUCCCCCACGAGUUAGGUGACUUUGCUGUCCUCGUUAAUAAUGGUCUUAGUGUAAAAAAGGCGCUGUUGUGCAACUUCGGCACUGCGUGUAUGGCAUUUAUUGGGUUGUAUAUUGGAAUAGCUGCCGGGGAAGGCACUGCUAUCCAUCAAUGGGUGUUUGCUGUCACAGCAGGAAUGUUCAUCUACGUUUCCCUCGUAGAUUUGGUAAGAAUUGAAUCCACUCCCAAUUGGAUCAAAUCAUCAAAUGAUCAAUCAUUUGAUGAUUUGAUAUUUACAUAUAACAUUCUUAACGGCUAUCUUGAUUUAUAUUACAUGCUAUUAUUUUUUUCCAGCCGUACUUAUUGUGUAAUGGAGUGUAUCUGA